AUGGCUAAAAUUCCAGGCCCGAAAGAAUACUUCUUCAUCGGAAACUUCCUGUCAUUAUACGGAACACCAGAAAUAUUAUAUAAAAAUACACGAGCGUGGCACAAGACCUAUGGCCGUAUUUACAAAUUACAGGGUUUCAUGUUUCGUACGAUCCAUUUAAGUAACCCGGAUGAUGUUGAGAUCUUGCUUUCUUCAUCUCGCUAUAAUAACAAGGACAUGCCCUAUACGUUUUUCUACAACUGGCUUGGAGAUGGUCUCUUAAUCAGUAAUGGAGAAACAUGGCAACGUCAGCGAAAAUUGUUAACUCCAGCUUUCAAUUUCACCAUAUUGCAAAAGUUCUUCACCAACUUCUGCGAACACACUCAGGUUCUUUUAGACUCUUUAAAGAUUGAAGUCGGUAAAACUAAAACAGACCUCACACCACUUAUGCGUAAACUGGACGUAGUUACACGAUAG